AACUAAACUCUAAAAUAAACCUCUCUUUCUUUAUUUUUUGAUCAGUCUUUCCUUCCCAUGCUCUCUCGCCCUCCACUGAAAAAACCCUAAUUCUCUCCACCUGACCUGCACUUGCGUUUUCCUUUUUUCCAAUUUUGUGAUUCGGAUUCUUCGGUGGCGCUUCUGCAAGCCAGACUGUAAGAGGAUGAGCGAACAGGAUUUUUUGGUGGCCUCAAUUUCGGAGCUCUCGAUUUCGGGGAGUUCGUCGCCGCCGGUGGUGGCGCGGUUUUGCUCAGGUACUCUCAGAUUUGGAUCGACGCCUGAUUCUAAUGACGCGGUUCAGCUCGAAAUAUGCAGCUGCAAGCUUUUCAAGCUAGGUGCAUGUCAAUCACUGUGCUUAUCUGAUACUUCUGAACCAAAUAAAGAGGAAAGCUAUAUCAGGGGAAUUACCAUUCAGUUUAGAAAUGAGGAGGAAAGUAAAGCCUUCCAUCAUGCCUUUGAGCAGUGGAAGAAGGAAGCAGGGUCUUUGUUAUCUAACGGAACUUUAUCAUCACUGAAAAGCAAGUUUGAUGACAAAAUCGAGGCAUCUUCAGCUAAAAUGUACUUUCACUAUUAUGGACAACUUCUACAUCAACAAAACAUGUUGCAAGACUAUGUGAGGACAGGAACAUAUUAUGCUGCAGUUCUUGAAAAUCGUGCUGAUUUUACUGAUCGAGUAGUAGUAGAUGUUGGCGCUGGUAGUGGCAUCUUGUCAUUAUUUGCUGCUCAGGCUGGUGCAAAACAUGUUUAUGCUGUAGAAGCAUCAGAGAUGACAGAAUAUGCUCGGAAACUUAUAGCUGGGAAUCCAUCACUUGGGCAAAGAAUAACAGUAAUCAAGGGCAAAGUAGAAGAAGUUGAAUUACCUGAAAAAGCAGAUAUCUUGAUCUCUGAACCGAUGGGCACCUUGUUAGUCAAUGAAAGGAUGUUAGAGUCCUACAUAAUUGCAAGAGAGAGAUUCCUUGUUCCUAACGGGAAAAUGUUUCCAAGCAUAGGAAGGAUACACAUGGCACCAUUCAGUGAUGAGUACUUAUAUAUUGAGAUUGCAAAUAAGGCUUUGUUUUGGCAGCAACAAAAUUAUUAUGGUGUCAACUUGACACCUUUACAUAGCACUGCCUUUCAAGGAUACUUCUCCCAGCCAGUGGUGGAUGCUUUUGAUCCUAGAUUAUUAGUGGCCCCUGCAAUCUCCCAUGUGAUAGACUUCAUGUCUACCAAGGAGGAAGACUUGUAUGAACUCGACAUCCCUCUGAAGUUUACAUCUACUGUCGGUGCCAGGAUACAUGGAUUGGCCUGUUGGUUCGAUGUCUUGUUCAAUGGGAGCACCGUACAGAGGUGGCUCACCACUGCUCCAGGGGCUCUCACGACGCACUGGUAUCAGCUCCGAUGUGUCCUUUCUCAACCAAUUUAUGUAAUGCCCGGUCAAGAGAUAACCGGUCGACUUCACAUGGUUGCCCAUCAAGCUCAAAGUUACACCCUAUACCUUACUUUGUCAGCUAAAAUGUGGGGUCCUGGUGCCGAACAAGGCGGAAUUCUCCAGACAUCAACAGGAAAACUCGAUCUCAAAGAGCCAUACUAUCGGAUGUCCCAACCACAGGCGUAUCCCGUGUCCCAAGAUCAACAGCCUCAACUACUGCAAACACAGGAUCUACAGAUACAAUCUCAGGAUGAAGAAGUUUCAGAUUUGUUGCAGCAAGCGAUGUAAGUGUAUCGUAUCAGAACCGAUUCAGCAGCUAGAGAGAGAGAGAGAGAGAGAGAAUCUGUUGACACUGUUGUAACUUUGCUGCUGCUGCUGUAGUAUUCAUUAUAUUUAUUACUUAUAUGGUUUGCUUGCUA